AUGGUUAAUUAUGCUAAUACUAGUGAACAAUAUAUCAGAGAUAGUUUAGAAGAACCUGCAAUAGAAGUAGAAGAUGUAGGUCAUGUUGAAAUGAGAAACGUUGGUCACGUUCAGAUGGUGAAUGAUGCAUUUCGUGAAAUUAUACCAUCAACUACGGAGUAUGCAAAUAGAGGAGAAGAACCUAAUUUAGAAGCUCGGAGGUUCUUUGAUAUGUUGGACGCUGCUAAAAAUCCGUUGUAUGCUGGUUGUAGAGAUGGACAUUCCCCUUUAUCAGCUGCAACUAGGAUGAUGGGUAUAAAGACGGAUUUUAAUUUGAGCGAGGAAUGUGUGGAUGCAAUAGCUGAUUUUGUGAAAGACAUUUUACCGGAAAAUAAUCUUGCACCAGCAUCAUAUUAUGAAAUAGAGAAACUUGUUCGUGGUCUUGGAUUGCCGUAUCAGAUGAUAGAUGUGUGCAUCGAUAACUGUAUGCUAUAUUGGAGAGAGACUGUAGACCGUUCAACAUGUUAUUUUUGUCGCAAGCCUCGGUAUAAGGAUACAUGGGGAAGAGUGCGAGUCCCACAAAAACGAAUGUGGUACUUACCGUUAACAGAGAGACUGAAGAGGUUAUAUCAAUCAGAGCGUACGGCAAGUGCAAUGAGAUGGCAUGCAGAGCACACCUCGGAUGGAGAAAUUGCUCAUCCCUCAGAUGCAAAAGCAUGGAAACAUUUUCAAUCCAUUUAUCCCACUUUUGCGUAUGAGGCAAGGAACAUAUAUCUUGGAUUAUGUACGGAUGGUUUCAACCCGUUUAGAAAGCAUGGAAGACAGUAUUCGUUGUGGCCAGUAAUUGUAACACCUUAUAAUUUGCCACCAUCUCUAUGCAUGAAACGAGAGUUUUUGUUCCUUACCAUUCUCGUUCCUGGACCAGAGCAUCCAAAGAGAGCAUUUGAUGUGUUUUUGCAGCCACUGAUUUAUGAGUUACAAAUGUUAUGGAAACAUGGUGUUGAAGCAUUUGAUGUUUCUUGUCAGCAGAAUUUUACCAUGCGGUCAGUACUGAUGUGGACCAUUAGCGAUUUUCCAGCAUAUGGCAUGUUAUCUGGUUGGACAACACACGGAAGAUUAUCUUGCCCAUAUUGUCAAGAUAACACAGAUGCGUUCCAAUUGAAACACGAAAGAAAAACUUGUUGGUUUGAUUGUCAUAGGCGAUUUCUACCAAAAGAUCAUCCUUAUCGUCGGAGCACCACAUUGUUUAGUAAAAACCGUCGAGUAUUAAAUGAUCAACCUCCUGAGGUAGAUGGAGAAGGUUUGUUAACUCAGUUCAGAGAUUUCGGUGUAGAGACCACCAUAGAGUGUGGUGGUAACGGGCAUCAACCUGUUGAUGGUUGUGGUAUCAACCACAAUUGGCACAAAAGAAGUAUUUUCUGGGAUUUGCCUUAUUGGAAGGAUCAUUUGUUGAGGCAUAACCUAGAUGUCAUGCAUAUUGAGAAGAACUUUUUUGACAACAUAAUGAACACCAUUCUGAAUGUCCAAGGGAAAACAAAGGAUAAUCUGAAGUCUAGAUUGGACUUGCCAAGCAUUUGUUCUCGUAAGGCACUACAUGUUUCAUCAAGCGGAAAGCCUCCAGUCCCUGUUUUUCGGUUAGAUGAACCUUCAAAGGCUGAGUUUUUUAACUGGAUCGCCGAUAAUGUUAAAUUCCCAUAUGGAUAUGCAUCUAACCUUCGUAGCGUUGAUCAUGGAGAAAAGAAGUUUUCUGGAAUGAAAAGUCAUGAUUGUCAUGUUGUGAUGCAGCGCCUCCUUCCAUUUGCAUUUGCGGGUCUUCUACCACGUAAUGUCCAUGAAGCAAUUGCAGGGAUUGGUGGCUUUUUUCGAGAUAUAUGCACACGAUCUUUGACAUCGGAUGAUUUCACUGUAGAUGUGGAUGAUCGGGUAUUUGAGGAGUCAGAGGAAGAAAUUGAUGAAUUUGGGGAAGAUUGUGAUUCAUCAAGAUCAGAUUACUCAUCAUCGGAUUCAGAGACAUAG